UCUGUCCGUCCGUCUGUAUGCCCUACUUAUCAGGAUCUGAGGAAAACACGACAAGGAAGAAUAUUUAAAAAAGAAAACGACCAAAGUGAUGUACUGGGACACUUUGAUCAAACCCACUGAGAGUAAAGACCCAAAGAUAAAGAUGGAGCUCUGCCAGACUGGGUAUUACACCGAAGACUUCAGGACACAGGAAGUGCCCGCUGGUUUUGACUUCACAUCUUAUGACUACCCUGGUGAAGACCUGUCUUUUCUGUUAGACAGUAAAACACCCGGACAGCAGCAGUUUCCAGCAGAGAGCAGCUACUCAGACACGCCCAAAGCGUCGAACCUGUAUGACGGCAAAGUGAACACCAACGACACCGGCCUCUUCAACCUGGAUUCAUACCAAGAGUACAACUGGUGGAGCUCGUAUCCACAGGACGGGCUGGACCAAACAGGAUACCAGGAGUCUCUGCAGACGUACCAGAGCGUCGUGCCCCAGAAUGGACAGUUCAGCCCGGCCGUGGAGGGCAGCCACAGCCCCUUCCUCCCAGCCAAAAGAAUGAACACAGCACCACAAAGUGAGACGGAUCAGGGCUUUUCCUGUCACUCGGCCGAACUGUACGACUCAGACGGACAGAGGCAAACGGCCUCGUCCUUCUGGCCUGAGUACCCCUCAUCCGGCUUCAACACCCCCCUACCACACCCGCCUCCAGCUGCCUGUCCCCAGGCCGUCGAGCAGUACUGCCCCCGUGUGACCAAACGCAAGAGCACACACCCACAGAGGCCAGAAAGGGAGGGACCCAUGACGGCAAUGUCAGCUUAUCCAGGUUCUGGGCCCAUCCAGCUGUGGCAGUUUUUACUGGAGCUGCUUCUGGACUCAGCGUGUCGGACAUUUAUCUCCUGGACGGGGGACGGGUGGGAGUUCAAGAUGUCCGACCCCACAGAGGUGGCCAAACGCUGGGGUCAGUGCAAAAACAAACCAAAGAUGAACUAUGAGAAGCUGAGCCGCGGCCUACGCUACUACUACCACAAGAACAUCAUCCAUAAAACUGCAGGCAAACGCUACGUCUACCGCUUUGUGUGUGACAUUCAGGGGAUGCUGGGAAAGACAGCGCAGGAGGUCCUGACCAGUCUGAAUGUUUUGCCCACAAACUCAGAGUCGUGGCAGAGCACCGAGGUCCCGGCAGCGGCGUUGAUGUCCGACCACAGCAGCGAAACAUGGGCCUCACAGUAAAAAAAA